UGUUGAUUUGUCAGAAAUAAAGCGAAGAUCAACAUCAUAACAUUGUGUUUUUGUUUCUGAAUAAUAGUCUAAAUAGCUCGUUGCGUUCGCGGUAAAUCUGCAGUCAUGCCGGGAAUCGACAAAUUACCGAUAGAGGAAACCCUGGAGGACAGUCCACAGGAAUACCAUCUUGAGGUCAUGUCUGAAUGGUGCUGGUGUUUUCCAGACUCGCUCUCUGCUGGGUGUGUUUGAGGAAGACACUGAGGCCAUAUCCAGUUAUUUCAGUCAGCUCUUUAAAGCCAUGCACAGAAUCUACGACGCCCAGAAUGAACUGAGUGCUGCCACACAUCUGACGUCUAAAUUACUGAAAGACUACGAGAAACAGCGUUUUCCUCUGGGAGGUGAUGAUGAGGUCAUGAGCUCUACUUUGCAGCAGUUUGCCAAAGUCAUUGAUGAGCUCAGCUCGUGUCACGCCGUUCUCUCCACUCAGCUCUCAGACGCCAUGAUGUUCCCCAUCACACAGUUUCAGGAGAGAGACCUGAGAGAAAUUGUCAUCCUGAAGGAAGUGUUUCAGAUUGCAAGUGACGAUCACGACUCAGCCGUCAACAGAUACAGUCGUCUGUCUAAACGAAAGGAGAAUGAGAAGGUGAAGAAUGAAGUGAUGGAGGACGUCUACACGUCCAGGAAAAAACAGCACGAGACCAUAAUGCACUACUUUGCAUCGCUUAACAUGCUGCAGUACAAGAAGAAGAUGGCGCUGCUGGAGCCGCUGCUGGGAUACAUGCAGGCGCAGAUCAGUUUUUUUAAACUGGGAUCAGAGAAUCUGACGCAGCAGUGGGAGGAGUUUCUCACCAACAUCGGAACCAGCGUCCAGAAUGUUCGCAGGGAAAUGGACCACGACGCUGAAGCCACAGAGCAGAUGAUUCAAGACCUAAAAGCUGCCAGUGACCCGCUCUACAUGCCCGACCCGGACCCCAACAAGAUCCCGGUGAACCGUAACCUGACUCGCAAAACUGGCUACCUCAACACUCGCUAUAAAACAGGGCUGGUGUCGUCUUCAUGGGAGCGGCAGUAUUUCUUCACGCAGGGAGGAAACCUCAUGAGCCAAUCGCGUGGAGCCGUGGCCGGAGGUCUGGUUCUGGACAUCGACAACUGCUCCGUCAUGGCGGUGGACUGUGAGGACCGACGCUUCUGCUUUCAGAUCACAGCUUUCGAUGGCAAGAAGGCCGUUAUAUUACAGGCGGAGAGCAGGAAAGACUGCGAGGAGUGGAUUGCAACAAUAAACAACAUCUCUAAGAGGAUAUACCUGAGUGAAAACCCAGAGGAAAUCGCAGCGAGAGUGAAUCAGUCGGCUCUGGAGGCUGUAACACCUUCACCAUCUUUCCAACAGCGCCAUGAGAGUUUCAGACCGAGCACUCAAAGUCGACCCAAAGCGGGUCGUUCAGGCAGUCAGUGCUCUGCGGGCUCCGAGUCUCCGGCGCUGUCGUCUCUGUCUCUGGAUUCGCUGGUGGCUCCGGACACGCCCAUUCAGUUUGACAUCAUCUCCCCCGUCAGCGAGGAGCACAGCAGUCAGGCUAAGAGCGGCACUCAGGGCAGAAGGACCAACCCGUUUGGGGAAUCUGGAGGGUCAAAAUCUGAAGAAAGUGAAGACUCGAUUCUGCACCAGCUUUACAUCGUUCGCUUCCUGGGCUGCAUGGAGGUGAAGGCCACAGAGAGCGCAGACGUGAUCUCUGAGACCAUGAGACAGAUCCUGGCCGCCCGAGCCAUUCACAACAUCUUCAGGAUGACCGAGUCUCAUCUGCUCGUCACCUGCGAAUGCCUCAAGCUGAUUGACCCGCAGACACAAGUCACAAGACUCAAGUUUCCUCUCUCCAGCGUUGUGCUGUGUGCGUCACAUCAGGAGAACAAGCGCUUGUUUGGUUUCGUGCUGAAGACGGCCGGAGGACGAGAAGACGGACGACAUCUUACAGUCUGCUACGUCUUUGAGUCAAACAAUGAUGGAGAGAAGAUCUGUGACAGUGUAGGACUGGCGAAGCAGAUCGCGCUCCACUCUGAGAUGGACCGCAAAUCCACACAGAAACAGAGAGAGCUGGACAAAGCCAAAGAGAAACAACAGGAAGAACUUCAGAAACAGAAACAGAUCGAGAAGGAUCUCGAAGAACAAAGCCGUUUGAUAGCCGCAUCGAGUCGACCCGGCCAACCAGCUGCUGAUGGACAGUUCUUGGUCCUUAGCAACAGCCAAUCAGAGGACAGUGACGCAGGAGAGGAGGGGCUGAAAAAGGGCGAAUCAGAAGCCUGAUGGAAACCGUUCUGUGCUUGGAUUCCACGAACAUCACUUCCUGUUCUUCAGGGGAUCUCCAGAAACGAUGAUGUAAUAUGUGACUGCGAAAAGAAUUAAUGCGGACACUUUGGGGCAAAACCUCUCAAAAGUUGUUAUUAGUAAGAAUCCUGUAUUUUUUAACCAUAUCCGUUACUGACCUGCAUUUGCUUUUCGAGGGUUUGAUAAAUGUAUGCGUGUAAAUGAAUCCACUACCAUGACCAACGAAACCUGAGGAGAUGCUUUUAUUUCCAUAGAGUUGCACGUGUGAAUAAUAACUGAUUUAAUUCUGAAUGUUUGGGUUCUCACUGAUCAUAUUUUAAGGCUGCUGUGUUUUCGUUCAUAUCGCGUCCCCGAUGACGGUGAAUUUCACUCAAAUGUGUCAAGAACGUUUUUAUUAUAGUGAUUCAAAUAAUACUAAAUAUCGUAUUUGUGUAAAAACAGGCAUUUUAUUGACACAAAUGAAUUCUUUCUAAAAUAUGAGCUGUUCUGAGGAUCAUCAUACUGCAUUUCAAAAUGAUUUCACGAGCUUAUAUUGUCUUUGUAAUUAAUACAGUUCUGAUUUUCAACUCUAGGCUGUUUUUUUUAAAUCUAUAAACACAUCUGUUUGAUUUUUUUUAUCAGACCGUUGUAAUAACUCAGUGUUUCCAUCUCAACGCUAAGAAAAAAUCAAUUUUUUUUUUGUUUAAAAUCAUGUGAUUUAAUGCCUUUAAUUUUUGGAAUAUGCUUUAAUUUUUGUUAUUUUUUUAGGUGUAAGAUGUUUGGAGCCUGUAUUGCACAAAAUGGCCCAAUGUAUUGAAACGCUUCAGCUUGUGGAUAAAAGAAAAAAAGGUAAUGGAAUUGCAAACGGAAAUAUUAUUUUUUUGCUUUUCUCCAAAAAUCUGACACGGUGGAAGUUUACUUGAGAAUGAAACACUGUCUCUCAUUCAUUGAUUGUUUGCAUGAAGUCAUCAACAGUCUUUCUGUUGCAUUCAUUUGUAAAUGAUUAUUUCUAACCUUUAAGAAAAUGUUUUAAUCUAAAUGUCUUUAUACAAAAUCAGUCGAUGGAUUUAUGGGGUAUAAUGAAGAUUGGUAUUAAAUUUCUUUCAAAUGC